AAGCAGUAAUUUUUUCUCUCUGUGUUCUGGAGAAAAAUUGAAGAGGCAAAACCUACUACAAUAUUGUGACCCAGUUAUCCUUGAGUAUAUAUCUACCAACAUACUUCAGGGAUGGGAUCUUUCCUAGGACAUACCCUUUCAGGAAGUCUGUUUUUGCUCCUUGGAUUCUUAUGGUCUAUAAAACACCCCUUGAGGUUCUUUAGCCUGAAGUCAAAAUAUGCUGUACGGGUUGAAAAAUACAUAGAUUACAUGGAGUUGCUGGAAUGGGGAGGCAUGAUAGUCUUCUGUUUCAUUGGUUUUUUAUUAGAGCAGUUCUUGCCUGAAGGUCCCCACUUCCACCUGUACAAUAAGGAAAACCACAAGUGGGUGCUUCUUAAUAUUUGGCAACAUGCAACAAUGCACAUCAUGUUUAUGUUUGCUGGCAUAGCAGGUGUACUUGUUCGCUGCAAGUUCCAGGUCCCUUUGGGGAUGGAUUACUUCCUGUUCUCAUUGGCACUGUUCAUUGAAGGGCUGCUAUUCUAUACUCAUACAGACCGCUUAUCUAGUCUGGAUCAAUACAUUCACUACAUUGGUAUAAUCCCCAUAUGGUGUGGUGCCCUUUGCAGUUUGUUUGAGGUGUGGUUGAGAAACAACCCAAUCCUGGAACAAAUCAGAACUUCCAUGUUCAUUACCCAGGGAACCUGGAUGUGGCAGAUCGGAUUUGUGUUAUAUCCACGGUGGGGAGACCCCCACUGGGACCACAAUGACCCGGCGACCCGCAUGUUUAUGGCUAUGUCCUACUCCUGGCACUUUGUGGGCGUCACUCUCUUCCUUGCCAUAAUGUAUGGCAUUGUCUACUGGAUCUUUAGGAGACAGAAGGUAAGCUUGGGAUACACUGAAAUGGAAAUUCUGGAGUUCAGCAAUGAAAACACAAAGACCUACACUUUUCUUGUCGAUGGAUCUAAUGAUAAAUAA